AUGAAGUGGCUUGGAAAGGAGUCAUCACAGCAUGCCAAACGACUCCGUGCUGUACACAUCAACGAUCCAACGGCAGCAUUGAAAAAGGUUUGGGAAAGGCUAAGACAGUGUUACGCUUCAUCAGAAGUCAUCGAAAGUGCGCUGUUCAAGAAACUGGACAACUUCCCCAGAAUCUACAGCAGAGAUUACAUAAAGCUGAGGGAACUCGGAGACCUCCUAAUGGAAGUCCAAUCUGCAAAAGAAGAUGGCUAUUUUCCCGGCCUUGCCUAUUUGGACACCGCCCGUGGUGUCAAUCCCAUUGUGGAGAAGUUGCCACACAACCUUCAGGAAAGGUGGAUUUCGAGGGGAUCUAAAUACAAGAACGAUCACAAUAUGUCCUUUCCCCCAUUCUCUAUCUUCAUGGAGUUCAUCUGCUACGAAGCGAAGGCCAGAAACGACCCUAGUUUUUCCUUCACCAUUAACACUACUGGCCCAAAUAGAAGUGACCGACCUCCAUUCCGAAACAACAGACCUCCAGUAACCGUUAAUAAGACUGAUGUUUCCAUGGUAACCAGCACAGAUAUCACCGCAGAGAAGGAAGGUGAUCCAAAUAAGUACUGCCCUCUACAUCAAAAACCACACCCCCUCAGGAAGUGCAGAGGUUUCAGAGCCAAAUCAUUGGAUGAGCGAAAGGCCUUUCUAAGAGAGAAAGGAAUCUGUUUCAAUUGCUGUGCAUCCUCAUCCCAUCCCUCAAGAGACUGCAAGUUCACAAUCAAAUGCUUUGAAUGUGAGAGUGACCACCAUACCACAGCUAUGCACCCGGGGCCUGCCCCCUGGUUGUUGAAGACUUCCUACCCUACACCACAGCACGGCGGGGAGGAAGUCAUCAAGCCUACCAUCCCACCUGCAGUCAACUCUCAAUGCACUGAAGUUUGUGGCAAAGGUCUGACAUCACGAUCCUGCUCUAAAAUAUGCCUGGUGAAAGUAUGUCCACACAACCGCCCCAAAGAUGCAGUCACAAUGUACGCUAUGCUCGACGAUCAGAGCAACCGGUCACUGGCAAGGUCAGAAUUCUUUGAUAUCUUCAACAUUCAAGGAAGCCAAUCGCCAUACUCUCUAAGAACCUGUGCAGGAGUCGCAGAAAUGCGAGGGAGGAAGACUGACGGUUUCCAGAUCCAAGCAGCAAAUGGAAGAGUUAGUCUGAAUCUCCCUCCACUCAUCGAGUGCAACGAAAUCCUAAACAACAGGGCUGAGAUCCCAACGCCCGAGGCAGCCCUUCAUCACCCUCAUCUGAAGUCUGUAGCAGCCCAAAUCCCAGAACUUGACCCGAAUGCUAAAAUUCUGCUAUUGCUUGGGAGAGACAUCCUCAGAGUACAUAAAGUAAGACAGCAGAUCAAUGGACCACACAACGCCCCCUUCGCCCAACAACUCGAUCUAGGCUGGGUUCUUAUCGGUGAAGUUUGCCUUGGAGACGCACACAAGCCCCACAUAAACAGCUUCAAAACCCACCUGCUGGACAGCGGACGUCCAUCACUUCUCACUUCAUGCACAAGCCACUUCAACAUCAAAGAAAAGAUGAGUUAUGACGGAGGGCAACGCUAUGGUUUGUCCAUCGAUGGAAGCCCGGCCAAGAGAACAGCCUUUGACAAGCUCGGUAACGAGGUGUUCCAGAGGACCCCUGAUGACAACAAAACCGCUCUCUCCAUCGAAGAUACAAAGUUUCUCAAGAUCAUGGAUGAUGAAGUUUACAAAGACGACACUAACAGCUGGGUGGCUCCUCUCCCCUUCAAAACACCCAGACGUCCUCUCCCUAACAACCGGGAACAUGCAAUCACACGUCUGCACUCCUUGCGACGGAGCUUGGACAAGAAACCAGAGAUGAAAGAUCAAUUCAUCGCAUUCAUGGACAAGAUGUUCCGGAACCAUCACGCUGAGGUUGCACCCCAACUGAAGAGCACAGAGGAGCGAUGGUACCUGCCGACCUUUGGAGUUUAUCACCCUCAGAAGCCAGACCAAAUCAGAGUCGUCUUUGACUCCAGUGCGCAACAGGACGGCAUCUCACUUAACAACGUGAUGCUCACCGGUCCAGACCUGAAUAACAGCCUCCUUGGAGUUUUGAUACGCUUCAGGAAGGAACCUGUAGCAAUCGUCGCAGACAUUCAGCAGAUGUUCUACUGCUUUGGUGUGAGAGAGGACCAUAGAGACCAUUUGCGAUUCCUCUGGUACAGAGACAACGACUUGACGAAAGACAUCAUCGACUACAGGAUGACAGUUCAUGUUUUUGGUAACAGCCCAUCUCCUGCUGUCGCCAUAUACGGUCUCAGACGAGCUGCCCAAGAAGGAGAAAGCGACCACGGUGCAGACACACGAGAAUUCGUAGAAAGACAUUUCUAUGUCGACGAUGGACUUACGUCUCUUCCCACUCCCAUUGAGGCAAUCGAUCUAUUGCAGAGGACCCGAGCAUCACUUGCAGAAUCAAACCUACGAUUGCACAAGAUCGCUUCAAACAACGCCGCAGUGAUGGCAGCCUUUCCACCAGAGGACCACGCCAAAGGUAUGAAAGAUUUGGGCCUCGGUGGCGAAAGCGGAGUCGUACAACGCAGCCUAGGUUUAUGCUGGGAAAUCACUAUGGACACAUUCACAUUCAGGGUGACGACCGACGACAAGCCAUUUACUCGCCGUGGAGUACUGUCAAUGGUAAAUAGCCUUUACGACCCUCUCGGCCUGGUAGCCCCGGUAACCAUACAAGGCAGAGCCCUACUUCGUGAACUCACAACCAAUGCUUGCCACUGGGACACACCUCUCCCCAAAGACAGCCUGAAAGAAUGGGAGAUGUGGAGAGAUUCGCUUCAGGAUCUGAAGGAGCUUCAUAUCCCUCGCACAUACGCCAUGAAGUCUCUCACCAAGGUACGGCAAACCGAGUUGUGUGUGUUCUCAGAUGCGUCCACCAGAGCCAUCGGUGCAGUAGCUUAUCUCCGAACCCUUGACGAAAACGGACAGACCGCAGUGGGAUUCGUCCUCGGAAAAGCUAAGCUAGCCCCUCUGUCCGAACCUACCAUACCUCGACUGGAACUAUGUGCUGCAGUGCUAGCAGUAGAGAUGGCAGAGCUCAUCCUAGACGAAAUAGACCUCAAAAUUGAUGCGGUGAAAUUCUACUGUGACAGUAAAGUUGUACUAGGUUACAUUAACAACGAAUCCAAGCGAUUUUACGUAUACGUACACAACAGAGUCGAGCGUAUACGUCAGUCAACAAAGCCAGAUCAGUGGCACUACGUGCCUACAGAGCACAAUCCAGCAGACCACGCUUCACGGGGAAUUCCAGCUUCCCAGCUCGCAAGUACAUCAUGGUUCACGGGACCGCCAUUUCUCUUCAAGCUGAACCAAUCUCCUUCAGAGAAAUCGAACCCCUUCGAGCUAGUUGAUCCAGAGCUAGAUGUAGAAAUCCGUCCCCAGGUGACAAGUUUCGCUACCCAGACGAAAAUGACAACACUUACACCCAAACGCUUUCAACGUUUCUCGACGUGGAACUCACUCCUGAGAGCAGUUACUUUCCUCAUCCAUGUCGUUCGUUCCCGCAAGAUGGACCCAGCAAGUCAGUCAACUAAAUGCAGUGGACAGCACAAGCCAUAUACUCCAGACGAGCUGGCUCAAGCAAAAGAUGUUAUCAUCAAGUCAGUCCAGAGAGAGUUCUACUCAGGGGAGUUUACAAACCUUGACCAGAAGAAAGAUGUUCCCAAGAACAGUUCUCUCACAAAGCUGAAUCCUGUUUUGGAAGAGGGCUUCAUCAGAGUGGGAGGUCGUCUCAAACAUGCACAGCUAGACCGUGACGAGAAGAACCCAAUUAUUUUGCCAGGUAACCACCACGUUUGCACACUGCUAGUACGCCACUACCACGAGCAGGUGAAACACCAAGGUCGCCAUUUUACGGAAGGGACCAUCAGAGCAUCCGGCCUAUGGAUUGUCGGUGGUAAGAGACUCAUAAACUCAGUCCUACAUAAGUGCGUCAUAUGCAAGAAGCUCCGUGGGAAGUUGGAAGAACAGAAGAUGGCGGACCUGCCACCUGAGCGACUCAAUACAUCUCCACCAUUCACAUACGUUGGUUUAGACGUUUUUGGUCCAUGGGCAGUCAUCGCACGACGCACAAGAGGUCACGCUGAAAGCAAACGCUGGGCAAUGUUGUUCACUUGCAUGAGCACGAGAGCCAUUCACAUUGAAGUCCUAGAGUCCAUGGACACGUCAUGCUGCAUCAACGCACUCAGACGUUCAACCCACCUCACUCGGAGAGUCCUCGACUCCAUUCUAUUACAGAGCAAAUCCUCUCACCUCUCGCAUGAAGUACUGUGCACCUUCUUGGCCGAAGUUACAGCGAUCGUCAAUGCUCGACCUCUUAUCCCAGUCUCCAACGAUCCUGAAUUGCCAUUCAUCUUGACACCUGCUACGCUGCUUACCCAGAAGGUUGGUGCUCCUGCUCCCUUGGGAGAAUUCACCGACAAGGACCUGUUCAAGAGCCAGUGGAGGCAGGUUCAGAGUCUCGCCAGUAAGUUCUGGACCCGAUGGAAACGCGAAUACCUGCCUACCCUACAGAGCCGUACGAAGUGGACGGAAACCCAUCGUAACCUGCAAGAGGGAGAUCUUGUGCUCUUGAAAGACAAGCAAGUCGUCCGCAAUGAGUGGCCACUGGCUCGAGUUACUUCUGCUUUUGUGAGCGAUGACGGAAAGGUCCGCAAGAUAGAAGUCAAGGUCUCGUCCAACGACACCGUCAAGAAGUUCACGAGGCCCAUCUCAGAAGUCGUACUUCUACUACCAAAAGAGGACUGAACAUUACGUUUAUUUUGUAUUAUGCCAUACUAAAGAUGCCAGACGGGGAGUAUUCUGGAUCCAUCUAUCCGUUUUUUAAAUUGCGCCCUCUAUUGGCAACAAGUUCUUUCAUUCAACGAAUCACGUUUUAUCAAUUUUCCGUCAAAAGUUUGUUCCGACAUUUUCACACUUUGUGACUAGUUUAAUCCAUCCCAAUCUACUGCCUUCUCAGAUAACGCCUACGAGAAGCAUUGCCUUUUUACUCCUUGUUCAUCACUGACGUCAUAUACCCCCAGCUUGAAUAAAUCACUACAGGAGCUUGGAGGCUAUUUCCUGACUCUCAUGUCGAUUAUUAAUGGAGUUUGGCUGG